AUGUGGGAGAUUAAAGAAGACAAAACCGAAGGAGCUGAAUGCCAGCCAGCAAUGCGGAUGAACUGCUUACUGGAUGAGGACAUUGCAAACGUGGCACCCGACCUGUAUGAGGUGCUCAAUAGAUACGUGUUGAAUGAAAGAAUUAAAGAACCCACCGUUGAUGAGAGUGAUGGUAUUGACACUUUACUGCCAGCAGAUCCAUCGGAAGCUCCAGUAGUCCUCUGGCUGCAGGGCGGGCCGGGAAGUUCAUCCAUGUUUGGACUCUUUGUGGAACACGGACCUUAUGUGGUCACACGUAACCUGACCCUGCAUGCCCGAGACUUCCCUUGGACCACCACUCUGUCCAUGCUUUACAUUGAUAAUCCAGUGGGCACAGGCUUCAGUUUUACAGAUGAUCCCCAGGGAUAUGCUGUCAAUGAGGAUGACGUGGCCCGAGAUUUGUUCAGUGCACUAAUUCAGUUCUUCCAGCUCUUUCCUGAAUUCAGAGAGAAUGACUUUUAUGCCACUGGGGAGUCUUACGCAGGGAAGUAUGUGCCGGCCAUCGCAUACUAUAUUCACACGCUCAACCCCAUGCUGUCGGUGAAGAUUAACCUGAAAGGAAUUGCUCUUGGAGAUGCAUAUUCUGAUCCUGAGUCGAUCAUAGAGGGCUACGCCACAUUCCUGUACCAGAUUGGCUUGUUGGAUGAGAAGCAGAGAAAGUACUUCCAGAAGCAGUGCGAUGAGUGUGUGAAAUACAUCAAGGAGGAGAAGUGGCUUUCAGCCUUUGAAGUAUUGGAUAAACUGCUAGAUGGUGACUUAAUAAGAGACCCUUCUUACUUCCAGAAUGUCACAGGAUGCUCCAAUUACUAUAACAUUUUACAGUGCACGGAACCUGAGGACCAUAGUUACUUUGGGAAAUUUCUGUCCCUCCCAGAAGUGAGACAAGCUAUCCAUGUGGGAAACCGGACUUUUAAUGAUGGAUCCAAAGUUGAAAAGUACUUGCGAGAAGAUGCACUAAAGUCGGUUAAGCCAUGGUUAACUGAAAUCAUGAAUAAUUAUAAGGUUCUCAUCUACAAUGGCCAACUGGACAUCAUCGUGGCAGCUGCCCUGAUGGAACGCUCCUUGAUGGCCAUGAAUUGGAAAGGAUCCUGGGACUACAAGAAGACAGAAAGAAAAGUUUGGAAGAUCUUUAAAUCUGAUAAUGAAGUGGCUGGUUAUGUGCGGCAAGUGGGUGACUUCUAUCAGUAACAACCCAUGACCGUC